ACAAUUUCUGAACCAUUUCCUAAUUUGGGGGCGGCUUGCAAACAUUUCACGCCACGCACUUGCGGAAUCUUUUCCUGAUCUGUGUGGUUCGCCGCUUUCCGUCCAUAUCGAUCGUCCUAGUUGUUGCGGCAAAAGAACUCGACAUUGCACGAUAGGUCUACCACAAGUGUUCCGUGUAAGUGGUUAGGGGGUCUUAUAAUUCCUUCACAAGAUUGCCGUCUGAACCGAUUUUGGAAACCGUCGAAACCCUGUGCAUUUUCAUUUGCCGAACCCAACAUCAAUUCCUACCGAUACUGGCCAGGUCGAGAUUUCGUGAUCAAGCUUGUUGGUCUUCCACAACAUCUCCCUCCUUUCAGUCUGAGGGGUAUGAAUCUAGUGCCAAAAGAAUGUUUGACCAACGAUUGGUUGCAUUUUCACGCCAGAGUGCAGCAGGAAAUAGCUCGGUCAGUCUGGUAGGCGCCACGGUGGUGGUAGAUCGCAAUGAAUUUGUGGGGGUUGCCAUUGCCGCCCGGGCUUUGGCAGAUGAUAUAGGCCGGGUCUCAAGGACCAACGCUUGCACAGUAUUGGAGAGAGACGUCAGCGACGGCUUUACAGAUGUACAGCUUGACACAGCUAUCAUCAUUGGUACAACGGCACGCUCCACGCUUUUACAAACUCUUGUGGACAACAACCAAAUCAACGUGGACAGCAUACGAGGCAAAUGGGAAUGCUAUCACAUUACGCAGGUCAAGAGUCCAAGUUGCAUCAAAGGCUGCCGUAAUGCACUGGUCAUCGCCGGAAGUGACAGAAGAGGCGCCAUAUAUGGUGCCUUUACUAUUUGCGAGCAGAUCGGGAUCUCACCAUGGCACUGGUGGGCAGAUGUUCCCGUCAAGAAUCACAAUGAGAUUUAUGCUCUACCAACUACCAUCUCAAGCAAAGAGCCGAGUGUCAAGUACAGAGGCAUUUUCAUCAAUGAUGAAGCGCCCGCACUGACUGGCAUGGUUCGGGAAAAGUUUGGCCGUUAUGGCAAAGAGUUUUAUAGCAAAGUCUUUGACUUGUUGCUCCGCUUGAAGGCAAAUUUCAUGUGGCCUGCCAUGUGGCCUGGCUAUCCUAAUCCUGGGAGUUCUUUCUUUGUAGACGACGCCGAAAACCAGAAAACCGCUCAUGACUACGGCAUUGUCAUGUCCACGUCCCAUCAUGAGCCCAUGCAACGAGCUACGAAUGAAUGGUUCGAAACCCAUCCUGAUGGUAGCUGGUCUUGGGUUGAGAACAAAGAAGAAAUCACCGAGUUCUUCAAGGACGGCCUGACAAGGGCAAAAGGUUUUGACUCAUACUUCACCAUGGGAAUGCGAGGUGAAUAUGACAAGGCGAUGAAGACGGAUGAUCCUGCGGCUGUUGUGAGAGACGUUAUCAAAACUCAACGAUCCCUCAUCAGAGAAAUCUACAGCCAAGACGACGCUGUCCCUCAACUACUGGCUUUAUAUAAAGAAGUGCAGGAAUACUGGGACUCUGGCAAACUCGAUGUCCCAGACGAUGUCACGCUACUCUUCGCAGAUGACAACUUUGGUACCCUCCGACGAUUGCCUUUUGGUGAUGAGGUGAACCGCAAAGGCGGUGCUGGGAUAUAUUAUCAUUUCGAAUAUGUUGGUACACCACGAAGCUACAAGUGGAUAAAUUCAAAUUCGUUAGGCAAGACCUGGCAUCAGCUUCAAGAAGCCUACAGGCGGAAUGCUAGGCAGAUUUGGGUUUUCAAUGUUGGUGACAUUAAGCCAUUGGAAGUGCCCAUCACCUUUGCGAUGUCAUUAGCCUGGGACAUCGACUCGAUUCAAGCAGAUUCAUUCAGUACAUUUUACAAAUCUCUCGCAGAACGUGAAUUUGACUCCGCUCUUGCACCGUCGAUUGCUGAGAUCUGGCGUGAACAUGAUCACCUAGUAUCAAUACGUCGACAUGAGCAUAUUGAGGCCAACAACUUCUCAUUGCUCCACUACGACGAGGCAAACACAAUUGCAUCAAGAUGGCAGGGUCUUCUGAAAACAGCGGAAGAGAGCUAUUCUUCGGCAGUCGCUGAAGCUUACAAGCCUACCUUGUUCGAACUGGUGCUACAUCCUGUCAAAGCCAGCGCCAUUUACACAACGCUGCGGAUCAAGCAGGCACAGAACCAGCUAUGGGCUUCUCAACGACGUAACACAGCAAAUGUUGCAUUCAGAGAGGUGUUGGAUUUGUUCGACGCCGACUUCACGCUCAGCGAGGAAUUCCACAGCUUGCUAGAUGGGAAAUGGAAUUACAUCAUGAGCCAGCCCCAUUACGGCUUCAACGACACUUGGCAUGCUCCGAGCCGGGACAUGAUCAGUGGAUUGUGUUACGUGCAGAGUCGGCAGAACAGCAACCCUGUCGUGGGUCAAAUGGGUGUCGCCGUCGAAGGCCAUGCUGGCGUCCGGCCUGGGGUCUGCAACGAAGAGAGUGAUCGUACUCAUCCCAGCCGUCGGGAUCUUGUCCCAGGAGUUACUCUUGGCGUAAUGCAUCCCUAUGGGGUCCCCAGCCGAUGGUUUGAGAUAUACUCUCGAGGGGCUAUUGCUCUCAGCUGGUCGUGCUCUACACCUUAUGACUGGAUCAAGCUGUCUCAGACUUCGGGUCGUCUUGUUCCCGGACAGCCGGAUGUCCGGGUGUACAUCACCGUCGAUUGGACGAAGGUACCUACAAAUUUCGACGAGGAGGUUUUGAUCGCUGUCAGAUCGCAGGGCGGCAAUUAUGGACCUUACUUGGAUGAUUUUGAGCAAAUUCACCUUCCAGUCAAAUACAGGCAGGUCGAAGCGGACAAGUUCACUGGCUUUGUUGAGACAGACGGGUAUGUUUCAAUCCCAGCAACGGCUCCCAAAACCCUGCCAGAUGACUAUCGCAUUCUACCCGAAAUCGGUCGACUCGGGUCCGGAUCUGUUGCCAUGAAUCCUACAAAGGUCGAAAACGCCACAGAACCAUCUUGUUUGACUUAUGAUGCGUAUGUCUUUGGGAACGAGCAAGAUGCAACAUUGAAUCUGUACUUCAACAUGACGUUGGAUCUGGAUCCAGCUUCAUUGAUGCAGUAUGACGUUGGUAUUGAUGGUGGAACCAUGCAGAGACAUCGUCUUGUGGAAGAUCCAUGCAGACCGGGUGAGCUUCCGCCAGGUUGGUAUCAUGCGGUCCAAGAUUGUGUUUGGCGCCGCAAACAUGCCUUUGGGCUACUCAGCUCUGGCCCUCACAGCAUCAAGAUCCGGUUUUUGCACUCCAACAUCAUUCUAGAGAAAGUGGUUUUGGACCUGGGGGGACUGAAAUCAUCCUACUUAGGUCCGCCUCCCAGCAGGAAGAUCUAAGCAUCUGUAUAUUAGAAGACACAAAAUAUUUAUUCUUUUGGGGCGAGCUGCUGAUCCUGGUGUGGAAGUAUGCCAGUCGACUUGAAGUCGAUCUGGUGGAAUCACCUUAUUGCCUAUCUACUCAAACUCUCGACCAAUUGACUCCCAAAUUUCC